GCUCUAUGGUGCUGGAGGUCCGGGGGCGAGCUGGUCCUCUGCAGCCGGCGGGUGCCCCUCGCUCCCGACCCGCGCUGUCCUGGCAGCCGGCCCCGCCCCCUCGAGCGUUCUAUAGGGGGAGGGUUGCUAUGGGGACUCAGCCCCGCCCCCCUCGGGUUCUAUAGGGCGAGGGUUGCUAUGGGGACCCAGCCCCGCUCCCCGGGGUUCUAUAGGGGGAGGGUUGCUAGGCGGAUGGAGCUGCUCUAUCCCCUUGGGUGCUCUAUAGGGGAAGGAUUGCUAUAGCCCCCCCUCCUUUGGGGCUCCAUCUAGGCAAAGACCAUAUAGGGCCCCUAUAGCUUCCGAGGGGGCGUGGUCUAUAGGAAGGCCCCGCCCCCUCGUGGCUCUAUAGGGAGCAGGGCCUGUCCCUGGGCAGUGGUCUCCGCCCCCCGGGGGUCUGGAGGAGCCGGGGCCUGUCGGUAUGCGCUGGUCUCCACCCCAGAGCUUCUAUAGGGGACAGGCCCUUUCUAUAGGCACCGGGCUCUCUGCCCCGCCCCCCGGGGGGUUCUAUAGGGGACAGGCCCUCUCCAUAGGCACCGCUCCUCUCCGUUUCUAUACAGCAGGGCCCACAUUUAAAAAGGCAGCAGCCCCUCCUCGCUUCUAUAGGGACCUCCUAUAGGCGCGAAGCCCCGCCCCCGCAUGGGGGGCGGGGCCUGCGUGGGCGGGGCCGAGGCCAGCCCCCACGGGGCGUGGCCUAUGGGGCAGCCCCCCCCGCCUGGCCCAUCCCCCCACGCUGUCGGCCCCCCCUUGGGGGGCUGUAGGGGGGGGGCUGGGCCCAGACAGGUCAUCCCCCCAUGGGGCGGGGGGGCAGCGCGCCUGGCCGGGGGGGCUGAGCCCCGGAGUGGGGGAGGGGGGCGCGGGGAGCCCCCCCUCCCCCCACGGCUGGAGAAAAUAGCGCGCGGCCCCUUUAAAUUUACCCAGGAGCCCUUAAAGGAGCCCCAGGGGCCCCAGGCAGAAAUCCCCACCCCGGCCCGAGCCGCGCGGCCCGGCGGUGCCCCUCACUCCCGGCCCGCAGCCCCCGCCCGGCCCGGCCGGGCCCCCCGCGCGCCCGCGCCCGCGCCCGCCCCCGUCCCCGUCCCCGCCCGCAUGGAGGGGCGCGGGUGCUGAGCCGACGGCCGCGGACGGACGGACGGACCCACCCGGGGAUGGAGCCGCCCCCCUCCCCCCCGCCCCUCGGCCCCGUCAAGCCGGAGCCCCCCGAGGAGGAGGAUGCAGGCUUCCCCCUGCCCCAGGACACCCCUGAGCUGGUCCCAGGGGGUCCAGCCUGGGAGCGGCCGGCGGGGGGCGGGCGCAAGUACCCGGACCACUGCGAGGCACGGGCGUCGCGGCCGGGCCGCAGCCGCAUCCCGGGCCGGGACCACCGGCGCUACUACCACGAGCACUGGCGCGGCGAGUACCUGAUGGCCUUCGACGCGGCGCGGCACGGCAUGACCUGCAUGGUGUGCGGCAGCGCCCUGGCCACCCUCAAGCUCAGCACCAUCAAGCGCCACAUCCGCCAGAAGCACCCCUACUCGGGCGGCUGGGGGCCCCGUGAGAAGCAGGUCAUCAUUCAGAGCUGGGAUGCCCACCUGGGGCUGGAGCCAGGCCCUGGUGGGGCGCCCCGUGGGCUCCCUGUGCCCCCAGGCCCAGGGCUGGCGUCGGCGGGGGGCCCGCGGAGCCGGCGGGUGGGCGCGGUGCGGGCUCCGCGGGCGGCACCGGGCGGGCGGCGAAAGGUGGGCGGGGGCGCGCGGCGCCUGGAGCGCUACGUGCGCGAGUCCCUGCAGGGCUGGUUCCAGGCCGAGUUCCUCAUGGACUACGAUGCCCAGGGCAACCGGCUGCGCUGCAUGACCUGCGGGCGCAGCCUGCCCAGCCUGCACCUGGACGACAUCAAGCACCACGUGCUGACCGCCCACCCCGCCUCGCUCACCUUCGGCCCUGCUGAAAAGGCCGCCGUGCUCGAGGCCUGGCGCGCCCGUGCCCUCGUCUUGGCCGCUGGCAAGGCCUGGGAGCCCGGCUUCGAAGAUUCCCAGCAUCCUUUGCAGCUGCCCAGCCCAGAAGAAAUGCCGGAGGAUGAAGACGAGGAGGAGGAAGAAGAAGAGGAAGAAGAGGAGGAGGAGGAAGAGGAGGAGGACAACCAUUCUGAGGAUGCCCGGGGGGCCGAGACACCACUGCCGCCUGCCCCCCGCCCGGACGCUGCGGUCCCCCGGGGCAGGGGUGGCGCUGGGGGGCCGGCCCGGGGCCGGAGCCAGCGGCGGAACUACCAGCAGCACUGGCGGGCCCAGUUCCUCAUGGACUUCGACGGGCGGCGCCAGGGGCUGGUGUGCAUGGUGUGCGGCGGGGCCUUGGCCACGCUCAAGGUCAGCACCAUCAAGCGCCACAUUCGCCAGGUCCACCCCUUCUCCCUUGACUUCACACCCCAGGAGCGCCAGACCAUCCUCGAAGCCUAUGACCGGGCUCCGGGGGAGGAGCCUGGGCCCCAGCCCCGCCCCCGGGCACUGCCCACCACUGCUGAGCCUGGUGGUGGGGAGGGGGCGGGGCUGGCCUAUACCCCCCCCACUUGUACAGCGUGAGGGUAGGGGCUUCUCUUGGACGUGGAUGUGGACGGUGGCCCCCGUGGCUUAUUGGGGGAGGGGAGGAUGGGCAGGGUGGGGGGUGGAAUUUCUGCCCCUUGUCUCACCCCAAAACCUUCUACUCUGCUGGAGGGACCCCAGUUUCUCUAUGCCACAUGCCCUUUUACCCCAGAAAUUGGGGUGCUCUCACCUAGCAGAGACCCCCUGAUUGGGGGAGGGGGGUCUGGAGGGGCAGAUUGCAGGGGACGGGGGUUGCAAUGGGGUGAGGGCAGGGUGCUCUGUGAACUGACAGAAGGGGACCUGGGUUUUUCCACGUUCCUGCUCCAGGACAAGCCUGGGUGUCCACGUCCCCACGCCAGGAGGUGCCGGUAAGUAGCCUGCAGUAAUGUCAAGGUUGGCAGCCUGGUUGCCAUGAGCCAUUGGGGCGCUCCACCCUUUUCCACUAAUGGAAAGACGCAACCGCUGUAGGGGUGGCCCCUCUUGGCUUUGCUGUGACGUGGAAGACCCCGCACUUAUGAUCAUGCCUUCCCAGGACCUACCAACUCCAUGGGAUCAUUGGGCAGCCCAGUUGGGGCCAGCUGGUCUGGCCAAGUUGCCGUCUUCCAAGGUGUUGGGGAACCUCGUGCCCGGGAGAGGAACUUGCUCCAUCACCGUGGAGCCAGCGUACAUCAGCUGCCUCUUCUCAGUUCCCCGUUCUGGUUGUGUCAGGGACGUAUCCCAGGAAGCCUGUGAUAGCAGGGCAGACGCAGGUGAACUUUGGAGUCAGAAGGCUAGAGCUGGAGGGAGGCUGAAGACGGCAGCUUUGGGGAAGGGUUUUGGCCUGGAACUGCUAUGAGAUAGCUCCAGAGAAAAUAUGUCGUCUUUUCCCAACGUGGUAGACCCAAAAUGAUGCCAGUUUUGGAAAGUGGACUGGAAUUGGGUCCAAACACCAUGGAAAUUGAACAAAAUGGGUGCCCUGCCGUUAUGGGUGCCCUUUUUUCCCCAUUUAGGUGUAACAGCAGGAGGGCUGUAAGAGGUGGCUGCCAUCCUCCCCCACCCCCCCAGCUGGCAAUUCCUGCCCUGGGACAUGGGGUGCUGGGAGCAGAGACGGAGUGUGACAGCCAGACCACUCUGGGGGAGGGGGAGGCUCCAGAGACCAGGGGCGAUGGGAUACUGGGCUAGAUGGGCCUACUGGUCUGGUCUAGCUGCUUUUGUGGGCUGAAGAACUCUGUGCAUCGGAGCACCAUGAUGGUGACACAGGCUCUGCUCUCAAUGAGAAACCAGGGGGAAACUGAGGCACGGGCAAGGGGACCAACUUCCUGGUUGCCGGUGGUCUAAUCUCGCAUCCAAUUUCGGGGCUAUAAAGCCAAGAGCUUCCCUUUAUCCAGGCUUACGAACCUGCAGAAGGGGCUGGACCAAGAGAAAUUGGUGUGAGAAUGGGAUUGUUGCCCAAACUUUUAAGUCUAACCUGCUCUGCGGGGUAGCCCUGGGUGGCGGGUGGUGCCUGCUCAGACCUGCUUCUCCUUCCUCGAGCCAUGGGUUGCUCCGGGAAGGUGAAGUUGGAGCUAGGAGUGGGAUUUGAACCCAAGAUCCCUUUCCCCUUUGUUUUAUGGAUGCAGUCUCUGCUCUUCUUCAUCUGGCCAUGGUAUCUUCUUAGCAGGCCCUGGAAGACUUUUGGGGUCUCCAGAGCUAUUGCAGGAGGCCAAAGUCUCUCCUUGUUUUACUAGACUGGUUGCCCUUCAAAGAAGGGCUGGGCUGGCCAGUAGGGACCAGACUAGGGAGACUGGGGUGGCUGCUGUGGGAGCUCGAGAGCUGCGGCAGGAUGUAGAGGCAGGAGGGCGGGAGCAUGCCGAAAGGAGUCUCCCGCAGGGAGGGAACUAUUAGAUGGUGGCACAAAAUCAAGACACGAGCUGAAUCCUUGGGGGCUUGAGUCACGGCAGGUGGGAAACUGGAAGGAGGCCGAAGUGGGUUGGGGCACCGUCCCCUUGUUGGAGGGGGGUUGUCUCUCUCGGCCAUGUAGAAAGGUGGGUGACUGGGUUUUGCAAUGAGCUUGGAGACCUGGCUAGCGGGCAAAUGACCCAGGGGUCUUUGCUCAGGGACUGGAGUCAAUAGGACAUGGGAACAAAGCUGGUUGAGUCCUGGAGAUCCAGCCAGAGUCCCCAGACAAGGGAAGGACAUUGGUCUCCUCAUCAGACCAAGCAACCGGCCUCCUCCCAACCCUAGUUGGAAUCCACUCGCCACGGCCUUGUCCUCGCGGCUCUGGGCUGGGCACUGCCAGCUGGCAUCAAAGGUAGGUUGUGGCCAGGGACAGUCUUCCCAACUGAGGGAUGCGUGCGGGUCCAUGUUGGAUUAUUGGCUGGAAUUGCCACAAUGGCCUUUCGAACCAUCAAGAAGUAGGGCUGGAAGAGACCUGCAGAGAUCAUCGGAGCGGAGCAAGCCCACCGGCAUACCGCCCGGAUGUUGCUCAGUGCCCCACCAAAGACUUCUGGUCCAGCCUCACAGCUGCACGCCUGAGCUGCCUGCAGUGCAGUUGCUCCUCAAGUCUUGAGUAAUGAUAAAAGGUGCAGGUGGAAAAAUCAAUCGCUUUUUCUCGGGUCCAGCACAAUUAGCGUGUCCUGAGACACUGACUUUGAGGUCCCACUUGCCAAGCCCCAGCUACCCCUUGGUUAGGAAAAGCCGAGACGUGAGAUGUCCUGGUCCCGUCGGCUGUCACUUGGGUGCCAAUUGAGGUCAAAGGGUUGUUGCAAUAGCAACCAGAGAGUUAGCUGGAGUCUCCCCACUUGCACUUCCUGCAAAACGCCAGCAACGGCGAUGAGCGGAGUUCAUCUCGACCAGGAGCUACCAGGACAGUCUGGAAGUCUCAUCUGCCAUGUCCCCCGCUGGGGUGGAAACAAGUCAUAGCUUCUCCCCUUGCCCCGCCCCAGCCCGCUCUUCCAGAAAAGGAUGAGAGAGAAUCCACUGACUUGCUCCUUGUACUUCCCAUGUAAAUGUUCUUCCGGAUUAUAUUUAUAUGCCUACACCCCGCGUUCGUGACAGUAUUGCGAUGUUUGUUACGUGGUCCUUGUGAAAAGGUGUUUUGCAUUGGUAUUUUUUUUAUAUAUAUAUAAAAAUAUAAAUAUAUAUAUGAAGCACCUCUGUUUUGUAAACAAAUAUGCCCAAUAAAUCCUUUCGAAUGA